GGACGUACUCUGCAGCUGCUUGGGACCUGUUGAUAGCACAACUCUGUGCUAACUUUACCGUUCCCUGGCUGUUAUUUGCAAGAUAUUCAUGACUUAGAACCUGCGUUUGUUUAGCCCUAAUGACGUAACCUGGAGGGGACCAAGAUGAGUUUUUUCAACUCGCUGCAGCAGAUGGUGACCAGUGGGGUGGCGAGUCUCAGCCUCAGUCCGAAGAGGUUCUCCCUCAGUAAGGAGCCGAGCACUGAGGCCCCGGCGGAGGAGGCUGCUGGGCCUGGUUCGAGGUCGGCCUCGAUCCCGGGAUUUCCCAAGGUAGUCCCACCUCCUGGAGCCCUCACACCCCCCAGGCGUCGUACCCUGGAUGGUCCGAGGAGGGUUGGGUCGUUCCGUCAGCAGUCCCAUCGGGAGAGACCUCCCCUAGUGGCCUUCUGCCGCCGUCGGCUCAGCUGGCCCGAGGUUGAUCUCCACGCUACUUCAGGGGUCCAGGAGACGGACGGGUCGUUUUUCGAGAGCUACACAGCCAUCUCGUGGAAACUGGAGAAUAGAAGGUUGUUGACCAUGCAGGAGAGUAGGGAGGACCAACCCCCUCCCCCUGAGUAUGUAGUGGGCAUAAAACCUCCCCCGGACCUGCGCCCACACCCCAAGGAGUUGGAGCAGUUGUAUAUAGAAGUCCUCUACACGAUAACCAACAAGGUCGGUGCUUCCAGUGGUCAGUUCUCCCACUACCAGGACGAGUUGUACAGCUACGCCCAGAAGGCAUUCAACAUCCCACCCGACCAGCACAGGAGGUACCUCGCCAUCGCUACCGAGGAGAAGCCGCCUAUUGUGGUACUCAAUGUGGUAGUGCUGGAAGCAGAGGGCCUGGAAGCUAAAGAUGCGAAUGGUUUCAGUGAUCCCUACUGCAUGCUGGGUAUCCAGCCUGGCAUGAUGGCGUCACCACAACCGUCUUCCCCCGGCUCUCCUAGUCCAAGAGGAACAAACUCUCGUGCUCUCUCGGAGAGCGGCCUGGAACCAUCGGAAAAACAUGAGGGCCACCAUGAAAAACUACGGAAGCAUCACAGCUUUCGUCUGAGUUUUAAAAGGAAAGAGCGAAGAGAACAUCGAGACAGCAUAUCGCAAGCUGUGCCUGCCAAAUUUAUCAGAGCCACCACUGUCCGACCCCAGACACUUAACCCACGAUGGAAUGAAAAAUUCAGAUUGUAUGUUGCCAUGCCAACCGCCACGAGCCACGUGGACGUACAGUAG